UCGCGUAUCCCGUCCACGCCCAUCUGAUGUCAGACCAGGUCGACGAUCAACUUAGCUACGGUUAAAUUGGUGCCUGUGGACCUCACGUCGGUGCACCCGUUUUGUGACCCCACGCCCGUGAGGCGUAGAAUUGGAACAGCUUCAACGACAACAACACCUUGUACACGUCGCGCACGAUGGGCACGGGGAACGCCUCCGUCUUGGUCAGCGUGAACUCGAGUGUUGCGUUCGCCGUGUACAUGGGCACCUCCUCUGUCGACAACACGUACCUCGUGGACAUCGACCCCGCGCCGACGGCGCAUGUCCUCGCGGACUCAAGCGAGGCUUACCAGUUCAACGCUACGACGCCCUGGGCCUUGUACGAGGAGGUCUGGUAUGUGGCGGCUGGCCUGGACAGGACGGAGACGUAUACGGUGACGUUGACCAAUAAGAGGAGCUUGCUGAUGCUGGAUCGUGUCAUGUUUUGUGAUGCUAUAGCUAUGCAUCGGGCGCCGUCGUUUUCUGCAUCUGUUAGCUAAUCUCGCCGUCAAAUCCCGCAGCUCCGAGCCCUGUUGGUUCGACGAGAUCGUCACAACAUGGAUUGGGUGGUGGGGCUAUUGCCGGGGUCACCGUGUGUACUAUUUGAUAAAACGGUGGAUAUACGCGCAAUCGCUGACUC